ACUCGAAACCAAAUAUUGGAUGUAAGUGCAGCCCCGUGGAGAUUGACGCGUGUGACCAGGUUGCCAACAGCGAUUCGUUGCUGCAACAAGCUCCAACAAGCACCUCAGAUUUUUGUGUUUCGACACACAACAAAACCUUUAACUUGAUCUCAUUAUUGGCACGAUGCCAGCCAUUUGGUGUCCAGUACAUCACACGAGCCAACCAACAGAUAUCUUCUUGCCUACCGACAUGGCGGACCCGAACGCGAAGCUCAACUCCCUGUUCGGCAAGAAGAAGAAGAAAAAAUCCACGACCGUCAACGCCAACGUCAUCGUCAAGACCAGCGCUCAGAAUGCUGAGCGUGCUGCAGCCGAGCGCGCCGCUGCGGCCGCCCCCAAGCCCGCUCCUAAAGCCGCUGCUCCUGCUGCCACUGCGUCAGGCAAAGUGUUGUCGGACCUGUCCUUGAACAAGGAGGAGGAGCAGGAAAAGUCAGCUUUCCAGUGGGCUAAGCAGCCUAAGAAGUACAAGAAUUCGAGCGAAAGGGAGGCGGUGGCCACCACGUGGGCCGAGCAGGAAGAACGCAACCGCGUGAACCGCCGCAUCCAGUUGGACAACGAGCGCGCUUUCCCGUCGCUGGGUGUGGACGCUGCCAAGGCUCAGCUACAGGGUAUGAAGGCACCCACUACCAAGGCCGUGGAGACUAAGAACGUCUGGGCCUCGUUGCACGACGAUGAGGAAGAGGACUAAAUGGUCCCUACAACACAGGUGCUACAGAGCUCAUUCAGCCUACAGAGUCUGGAUCCGGGCAGAUGAGAGUGCCCAAAGGGGUUUACGAGGCAGUGGUAGGUGCUCUGCCUGGCCGCGACGUGCUGCUGCUCAGCUGGUCACGCAACCGACAGCACGGCAUCAGGUGCAGAAGAAUUGUAAUAGAACGGAGCGUCGAGAGUCGAACCAGCAAACAUCAACUAGCAAAAUACGAAUCGACCGGACGAGUUCCUGCCUUGAUUUCAAUAGGGAUGUACUGAAGUAAUUCAUUUUCUUUCAGGGACAUCCAUAGUCUCAAAUGUGCAGCCCAGGUACGAGCU